AUGGCUGUUGAUCAAGUUGGAAAUCCCAUGAAUGCCACCAUUCGCAGUUCUGUUAUUAGUGAGAGUGGAUUUGAUCGUCUCAAUGAAGGACAGACACAACAAAAAGUUGGCAAACAGUGCACAGAAUUAGAGUACAAUGUAUUCUCACAAGACAGCUUUGCUCAGGUGGAACUCUAUGCGGAGGGUCCAUGCAUCAACUUGGGAAUUUCAAGACAACUUAUCAAUAUUCAUUUUCUACCCUGCACAUGCCCUAUUGGACUCAAACCCAUUCCGUCCGAUACUGAUUGCAAGUGUGACUGUGAUCCAGUCUUGCAACGAAGAUAUCAGAUAGCAAACUGUUCGGAAGAAAAUGGUACUAUAAAGCUGGAAAGUAAUACGAACAUAUGGAUAGAAUUCAUAAAUACCACCAAUGGAACAGGGUAUGUUGUUAGUAACUGUACAUUUGACUAUUGCGUAGAAAAACCAGUCGAUAUCAGUCUAAGCAGCCCUGAUAAACAGUGUGCCUACAAUCGAAGUGGUGUCUUGUGUGGAGAAUGUGAACCAGGACUCAGUCUUGUGUUGGCUACGUCAAGGUGUGAACAAUGCUCUGAUCUUUACCCUCUUUUACUAAUUCCAUUUGCAUUGGCGGGCAUAUUUCUUGUUGCUUUAAUUCUCAUACUCAACAUCACUAUAGCAACUGGAAAGAUUCAUGGCCUCAUUUUCUAUGCCAACAUGAUAGCAGCUAAUAGAGCGAUUUUCUUACCCAAUUUAAAUAACUUUAUAACAGUUUUCGUAUCAUGGGUGAAUCUUGACUUGGGAAUCGAGACAUGCUUUUACAAUGGAAUGAACUCUCAAGCAAAAGUCCUCCUUCAACUUGUCUUCCCAGCUUACCUGUUUUUUCUAACGUUUCUUAUUAUCAUUUUGAGCAAGUACUUUGACUCAUUUGCAAAGCUCUUCUCCAACAGGAACCCAGUUGCUGCCCUAGGAACACUCGUCCUACUCUCUUAUUCCAAACUCUUACGGUUUAUCAUUGCUGCAUUACAAUACAGGGUCUUGUAUUAUCCUCCAGGUACAACCAAAAUUGUGGAUAAUUUUAGCAAGUCAAGUUAUAUUGUUUGGCUGUAUGACGGCAAUGUGCAAUACUUCACUCCCGAUCACAUCCCUCGGUUUGUAGCUGCCGCCAUUGUCCUCAUUGCUGGUGGUUUGUUCACUGUGCUGCUCUUUUUUGGACAAUGGUUUCCACACUGUUCCAAGGUUAUGGUAUGGACCAAGAACACCAAGUACAAUGGUUUCAUGGACGCAUACCAUGCUCCAUUCACUCCCAAGCAUCGAUCGCUACUGGGUGGGACCACUCCUCUUCGCUCUGAUUGCUCAUAA